AUGGUGGUGAAUAAUCCUAACAACUGGCAUUGGGUCGACAAAAACUGUAUAGACUGGACAAGAAACUAUUUCAAUGAAAAAUUGGUAAAAUUAUCUGCAGAAGAUGAGAGCAAGACUGUGGAAGUUGCUUCUGUAUCUUCAAUUGAAGGUGACGUCGAGGUUUGUCAAAGAAAGGGGAAAGUUAUAUCACUUUUCGACUUAAAAGUCACUCUUGACAUAACUGGAUUUGCUAUCGAUGCCUCCAAGGAGGAAGGAUCCUUUAAGGGAUCCAUAGUUGUACCCGAAUUGGCGUACGACUCUGAAGCCGAUGAUUUGCAGUUUGAUAUCAGUAUUUAUAAUGAAGACAGCACCAACCAAGGUAUGAGGGUGAUUACAAAGAACAAGUUGGUUCCAAAAUUGAGAGAAAUCUUGGCUGGAUUCGGGUCCGACUUGAUUAAGACACACAGUUCUGAUAUCCAGUUGAGUAGCGAUAAGGUCAACUCACAGUUCACAAAGAGUAACCAGGAAAGCAACUCUGCCAAGGCAGCUGCAGGAGCAGCUGCCCCUACUGCUUCUGUAGCUGCUCCUACUGCUUCGAAGACAGUAGCUUCUACUCCUUCCUCUACGAAACCUGCAUCUUCGGUUCCUAGAUACAACACUGCUACGCUCCAUCUCGAGCCUACGUUCAACACUAGUGCUGAGCAGUUGUACAUUACGCUCCUCGACCAAGCUCGUAUUGCCGCCUGGUCCCGUUCUGCACCUCAAAUAGAUGCGUUCCCACCAAAGGAAGGGUCUACAUUCAAGUUAUUCGGAGGAUCGGUCAGUGGGAAGAUCUUGAAAUUGGUUCCCAACGAACAGAUCACCCAACUCUGGAGAUUAGAAGACUGGAGAGACGGCCAUUUUGCUACAUUGGACAUUCAGUUGGUCCAAGGGCCCAGCGAAACAAAGAUGGUAGUCAAGUGGUCAGGCAUUCCUGUCGGUGAAGAAGACAGAGUACGUGGCAAUUUUGAAAAUUACUACAUUAGAUCGAUUAAGAUCACCUUUGGAUUCGGCGCUGUUUUAUAG